AUGGGUUCGGUCUAUCGAGAUCGCUUCGAUGACUCCCGCACUUCAGUCUCUUCCGCUCGACGAGAUGGGGGUGGUUACACAACUCGCACUCGCUACAUCGUGAAAGAAGAUGACUCUCGCUCCUCUAUUGGUCGAGAUCGCCGCAUUGUCCCCGAUCGAGUAGAGGAAACUCAUAUUGUCCGACGAGAGGUCGAGGAACCCGCCCGUGAACUACGUCGAGAAGAGCCUCGCUACACUGAGCGUGAAAUGGUCAUUCGUCGUGACGAGGACACUCGCAGCCAGUACGCUUACGACACGCGACGUGAGGAACCUACAACUGAGCGGGAACUCAUCAUCAGACGUACUACCGAACAAGAACCCCGUCGAGAUGACACUGCUUCAGUUAUGCGCUACGAUGACCGUCCACGGACUGAUCUGAGGGUCAGUGAGAGCCGUUAUCGUGAUGACUACGAAGUCCUGUCCCCUACCCGCGGUAUCGACGAUAGGGACCGCGACGUGCAACGCUACACACGCACUUCUGAGUACUAUAGUCCGCCUCAGCCUCAGACUAUUGUCAUCCGACAAGAACCCAUAAUAAUCAGGGAGCGGAUUCGAGAUGAUGACUAUCAGAUUGUACGAAAAUCGGAUGUCGAGGAUGAAAGAACCGUUGUCCGUAGGGAUCAACCCCGUGGCGAGGAAGACUUCUUUUACGAGAAGAAAGUGCGGGAGCGAAUUGACGAACCGCGUCGCGAUGAGGAUGACUAUUACGAGCGCCGCACGAGGCGUCGGUCAGUCAGCCCACACGAUUCCGUCUCUCAAAGGGGCCGUGACUAUAGCAGCGAUGAUAGCAUGGUCUACGUCAGAAAAGAAGUUCGGGAGGAGAGCCGUGAGUCUAGCCCGGAUCGUCGCAAAAACCUCGCCGCAGGUGUCGCUGCUGGGGUCGGUGCCGCCGAGUUGCUCAGAAACCACAAAAAGCGGGAGGGUCGUGAAACAUCUCAUGGAGUAGGCCGUCUCGGCCGAGAUCUCGGAGCUGGUGCUUUAGGUGCCAUUGCCGCUGAAGGCAUCUCACGAGCAAGGUCUGCCCACAGAAGCAAAAGUAGACGUCGUUCCAGGGAUCGCCACUCUCGAUCUCGCUCCCGCAAACGAAGGAGCAGUUCGAGAUCCAGAUCACACUCCAGAUCUAGGCUGAAGACACUUGGAGCCGUCGGCCUCGGGGCAGCCGCACUGGCCGCCGCAGCCACAAUCGCGACCAAACGCCUUGGUAAGAAGGAGACCGAAGAGCCCCCAAGACGUAGUCGAUCACGCCGCAGAAGAGAGGAGACACUCUCCGAACUCGAGAAUGACCCCACAGCUGACGACGCGCGCAAUCCUAAACAUCGUAACAAGCGAAUCGCCGAGGCUGGUGCUGCUGGUGCUGUCGUCGCUGGCUUACUCGAACGUGCGAGAAGCAAAUCUCGCAAUCGUUCCCAAAGUAAAGUCAGACAGGCACUUCCCGUUGUUGCUGCCGGUUUGGGCAGUGCUGCUCUUGCUGGUUUGUACGAGAAGAACAAGGCAAAGAAAGAGGCCGAGGUAGUCCAGAAGGAGGAGCGACGUGCACGCUCAAGAUCACGGAGCCGAGCCAGGACGGAUGCCUAUUAUGAUGGCCCAAGAGAUGCAGCCGUCAGUGAUCCCGGUUUGAUCGAGUACGGCAACGGACCAAUGCAUGGAAAUAAUUUUGGUCCGGACUAUUAUGGCCGGCCUGCGCCCGUCGAUAACUACUACAACACCUCAAAUGCCGUGGUACCAGCUGCUGCGGCUGGUGCGGGAGGUUAUGCUGCUCAGCGAGGACCGAGGAGUAGAAGCCGCAGCCUGAGCCGGGAACGUCGUUCACGGCGAUCGUCCCGUAGUUCCAGCGCCUCCCCUGGGAGACGCCCACAUAGUCGCCGACGAUCACGAGAUGCCGCGAAAUAUGCUGCUGCGGCUGCGGCGGGUGCGAUCGGCACCAGCGAAUACAACAGACGCAAAGAGGAGAAGCGGGAACGCAAAGCACGAAGACAGGAAGAAGAAGCUGCAUAUAGAGCCCAUGAUCCCUACGAGGAUAGUUACAACACGGGGGCUCCAUAUGCUGCUACGCCAGAUCCUUACGCCGCUCAACAAGGCUUCUACCCACAAACUAGUCAAUUCCCGCCUCCGCCUGGGGGAAUGCCAGGGCAAUACAACCCACAACCUGCAGCCACCCAAAUGCCAGGAGCCGCACCAUAUGGUGGUCAAGUCUACCCACCUCCUCCGGCUGGACCUCCUCCAGUCACCAAUAACUAUGAUGCAUACGCAUCCGGUGCCAAUCCGUAUGCUCCACGUGGUCCUGAAAAUGUGAGUGCUGCGCCGAAUCCUGCGUUUGGCAAUUCUUUUACACCCGCCACUCCCAAUGACCAGCAUCAAGUGCAAGAUGGUAUUCGGGAUUUCGCCGCCCAACCGCCGCCCAACAUCAAUAUACAACCCCCUUCUACCACAAUCUCGCCUAUUUAUCCAGUCCCCGUUGCAACUGGCGCUCCUUCUCAUGUUUUCCCUCCUUCCCCCAACGACAGAGUGCCCGAUCUAGCCUCAUCACCACCUCCCUCAAGUCCCCGAAAGAGUGUUCAGUUCUCAGAGAAGCCAGAAGUCUCAACAUUCUCUGACCCAGUUCCAAUAGAUUCCGAAGCUACCAGCCCAGAACGCCGCCACCAUCAUCGACACUCCCACUCUCGGGGAUACGAAGCCGAAGACGACACUGAUUCAACUCCGGAUGAUUCGCGAAGACGCAACCAAGACCAGUCUAUAAGAUCACGGGAUACUGAAGACGCCGUGAAUGGAAACGAAAAACGAAGACAUCGACGACGGCGUUCACAUGAUCCUGGUUCUUCUCGUGGAGAGCCAAGCUCGAGGGACAGGUCAAUUGAGCGUGUAACGAGCCCCGCGGAUUCUGAGGCCACAGUGGAUUUGCCAGCACGUUUUGAUGAAAAGGGGCGAAAGAGAGCAGAGCCCGGUGACGAUCCUCUCGCCGACAGAUUCGAGGAUAUCCUUUCUGGGAAAGGAGCCGCUGGAAAAGUCCUCGGUAAUUUUUUCGAUGGGUUGUUUGGACCUGAUGGAAGGAGUAAGAAGGGCAGGUAA